GAUGGAAUGUCAUUAAAAUCAUAACAUUAGGAUAAAAUUAUCUUUAAUCACUACUAUCAUUUUGGCAUUUCACUUAUUAUAUGCUAAAGAAUUACAAGAAAGUGUUCAAAAUGUCGACUGCAAUGACAUUUGGGCAAAAACAAUUCAUACCAACACCACCAGAAAAGGGUAGUUUUCCACUUGACCAUGACGGUAUUUGCAAGAAGAAUAUGGUUAAGUACAUGAACUGUAUAUUUAAUAAUAACAGUAAUAAUUCUAUGUGUCGAAACGAGGCUAAAGAUUACUUAGCUUGUCGUAUGGAACACAAUCUCAUGGCUAAAGAAGACUGGUCUAAACUCGGUUUUAAAGAAGGGGACUUGUAGUAAAGAGAAAUGAAAAGAGAACUUUAUAAAUAACAUAGUUAAGGUUAGUUUGUUAUUGAUUAAAUUUUUUUCAUAAAUCAA